GUGGUUUCCGGAUGUCACCACAGAAGCAGCACUUUCGCGACAUGUUCUUUUCUCGGCGAACGCCAUUGCUGUUUGCAUCGGUUGAUUUUUCACAAAUUUUAAAUAAUGGCUGACGUUGAAAGUGUUGAAAAUUUUGAAGGAGAGCAGCCAGUUGAGGCAGAGCCCUUAGCUGUGUUGGACACAACUUCACUCCCCCAACCGGCCGAGCUUCCCGAUAUCAAGCUCUUCGGUAGAUGGAGCUGCGAUGAUGUUACUGUAAGCGACAUCUCCCUCCAGGAUUAUAUUGCCGUCAAGGAGAAGUACGCUCGUUAUUUGCCCCAUUCCGCUGGUCGCUAUGCUGCCAAACGUUUCCGUAAGGCACAAUGCCCAAUUGUUGAGCGUUUGACCAACUCUCUGAUGAUGAAGGGACGCAACAACGGAAAGAAACUCAUGUCCGUGCGUAUCGUCAAGCACUCUUUUGAGAUCAUUCACUUGCUAACUGGUGAAAACCCACUUCAGACACUUGUGAGUGCAAUCAUUAACUCCGGACCACGUGAAGACUCGACCCGUAUCGGUCGUGCCGGUACAGUUCGUCGUCAAGCUGUCGACGUCUCGCCUCUUCGUCGUGUCAACCAAGCUAUUUGGUUGCUUUGCACUGGAGCACGUGAAGCUGCUUUCAGGAAUAUCAAGACCAUUGCUGAAUGCUUGGCCGAUGAAUUGAUUAACGCUGCUAAGGGUUCCUCUAACUCCUACGCCAUUAAGAAGAAGGAUGAAUUGGAACGUGUUGCUAAGUCCAACCGAUAAGAAUUUUACAUUCGUGUGUAUUUUUUUUACACUAUAAUAACAAAAUAAAUAAAUAAAAAAACAAAAAUUGAA